AGUUAAUUGGUUUUCUUCGUAAGCAUCGAAAUCAGGUUUCUUUUACCCAAAAUAAACAAGAAAAGAAAAAGGAGAAGUCGAUAGUGUAAAACAUAUCUCUCUCUCUCUCUAUUCUCUCUAUUCUUGCUGCUUCCUCGGUUUCAUCGUCAACUGCAUUUCAUCUGUCUCAACAAUGGCGUCAUUGUCUGUACCUUACGCCAAGAUCUCUGCCCCAAACCGUCGGGUUGGAUCUAUUCCUGGAAGAACCCGAUGGCAGCCGCAACUCAAUGGCGUCUCCUUUCCUUCCGAUGUAUCUCAGAAUCAAUCUACAAUCUGGAGGUUGCGUGCGACAACCAACGAGGUUGUCUCUAACUCUACCCCAGUGACUAACGGUGGGUGCUUGAACGGGAACGUGAAGAGCAAUGUUCCUGAAUCCGCUAAACUCUCUGACUUUAUGGCUAAAGUUUCAGGUCUUCUUAAGCUUGUGGAUUCAAGAGAUAUAGUGGAACUUGAACUUAAGCAGCUCGACUGUGAGAUUGUUAUUCGAAAGAAGGAAGCUUUACAGCAGCAACCUACACCACCACCAGCUCCAGUUUAUCACUCCAUGCCUCCUCCAAUGGCAGGCCUUCAAAUGGCUCCAUCUCAACCAGUUGCUCCUCCUCCUUUUUCUCCUAGUCCCUCCUCAGCCCCUGAAACAGCAAAACCAGUAACCCCACCUUCCUCUUCACAUCCUCCACUCAAGAGUCCUAUGGCUGGUACUUUCUACAGAUCUCCUGCUCCUGGUGAACCUCCUUUUGUCAAGGUUGGAGAUAAGGUGCAGAAGGGUCAAGUUGUUUGCAUUAUUGAAGCUAUGAAACUCAUGAAUGAGAUUGAGGCUGAGAAAUCAGGAACCAUCACUGAACUACUAGCUGAAGAUGGAAAACCGGUUAGCGUUGACACGCCUCUGUUUACCAUCGUGCCUUGAAGCGUCAUUUUAGCUGGUUCAGAACAUCUUCAAGUCUUGGUUUAGCUAAUACCGACGUGCUGAAAAUCAUUAAAGUAAUUGUUUCGGUCAUAUUGGUUUGGUUUGUUCGUUUUUUUGUUUUUCCUCACCUUUUGUAUGAAUCACGUGACGUAUUAAUAUUGCAUGUUUUUAAGAUAAUUUCGACCAAACAAUUCAGUUUACA